ACUCCGGGACUUCCUGUUUUCAUCCUGCAGCGUAAAGACUGCGGGUUGGUCGAACUCUGUUCUGAUAAUCGGGCCUUUCCAGGAUCACUACAAGACCGGGAUGAAGGAGGAGAACCAGGACCCGGACUUCACCGUCCAGGACCACUACAAGACCGGGAUGAAGGAGGAGAACCAGGACCUGGACUUCACCGAACAGGACCACUACAAGGCCAGGAUGAAAGAGGAGAACCAGGACCCGGAUUUCAUCGACCAGGACCAUUACAUGGCCGGGAUGAAAGAGGAGAACCAGGACCCGGAUUUCGUCAACCAGGACCACUACAAGACCAGGAUGAAAGAGGAGAACCAGGACCCUGAUUUUAUCGACCAGGACCACUACAACAGUGGGAUAAUGGAGGGGAACCAGGGCCCAGAUUUCAUUAACCAGGACUAUUACAAGAUUGUGAUUAAGGAGGAGAACCAGGAUCCAGAUUUCAUAGACUACGACCACUACAAGACGGGGAUGAAGGAGGAGAACCAGGACCCGAAUUUCUUAGACCAGGACCACUACAAGACUGGGACGACGGAGGAGAACCAGGACGCGGACCACCAGAGCAACGAGCCCGCUGGUCCCACCGGUCUGCAGAAACAGAGAUGCACAAAGGCUCAGAAGAGAGUUCGCACUAACGAGAAGCAGCACAGCUGCGACCACUGUGGGAAUACUUUCACAUCUUCAGGUAAUUUAAAAACCCACCGCAGGAUUCACACUGGAGAGAAACCGUACAGCUGUGACCAAUGUGGGAACUGUUUUACAACAUCAAGUCAUUUAAAAACCCACCAAUGGAUUCACACUGGAGAGAAACCCUACAGCUGUGAAUACUGUGGGAACACCUUCACAGCUAUAAGCAGUUUAAAAAACCACCAGCGCAUUCACACCGGAGAGAAACCCUACAGCUGUAGUCAAUGUGGGGCAACUUUUAGUAGGUUAUAUCACCUGAAGUCCCACUUACACAUUCACUCUGAAGAAAAACCGUACAGCUGUGACACAUGUGGGAAAGUUUUCUCUCUGGCAGAUCGUUUAAGAAGGCAUCAACUUGUUCACACUGGGGAGAAACCACACAGCUGUGACCAGUGUGGGAAGUCUUUCAUGAAGUUAAGUAACCUGAAAGUCCAUCAGCGUGUUCACCUCGGAGAGAAACCUUACUGGUGUGAUCAGUGUGGGAAUAGUUUUACUAGCUUAAGUAAUUUAAAAACCCACCAACGCAUUCACACUGGAGAGAAGCCGUACAGCUGUGAUCAGUGUGGGAAAGCUUUCAUGACUUCCUGUAGUUUAAAACGUCACCAGCGCAUUCACUCAAGGGAGAGACCGUACAGCUGCGACCAGUGUGGGAAAGCUUAUGUGACUCUGAAGGAGCUACACACCCACCAACACCUUCACAGUGGAGAGAGGCCGUACAGCUGCGACCUGUGUGGAAAGACUUUUGCAACUGUAAGUAGAUUGAAACCUCACAAACGUAUUCACACUGGAGAGAAACCGCACAGCUGUGACACAUGUGGCAGAGCUUUUGUGACUUUAAGUCAGUUAAAAUCCCACAGACGCAUUCACACUGGAGAGAAACCGUACGUCUGUGAUCAGUGUGGCAAAGCUUUUUCAUCUUCAAGUCAGUGUAUAGUCCACCAGCGCGUCCACACCGGAGAGAAGCCGUACAGCUGUGACCAGUGUGGCGCCGUUUUCUCACAGUCGGGGGAUCUAAGAAACCACCGGCGGAGUCACACCGGAGAGAAGCCCUUCAUCUGUGAUAAGUGUGGGAAAGCUUUCAGCAGGUCGACCAGUCUGAAAAUCCACCAACGUGUCCAUGUUAGUUAGAAACACUCAACGCCAAAACAAUGUUCCUCUUCCAUGUUUCACCCGGACACUGGUAUUUGUCGGGACUUCCUGUUUUCAUCCUGCAGCGUAAAGACUGCGGGUUGGUCGAACUCUGUUCUGAUAAUCGGGCCUUUCCAGGAUCACUACAAGACCGGGAUGAAGGAGGAGAACCAGGACCCGGACUUCAUUGACCAUGACCAAGAGAAUACCGGCAUAAAGGAGGAGAACCAGGACCAGGAUUUCAUCGACCAGGACCUCUUCAAGACCGGGAUGAAAGAGGAGAACCAGGAUCCAGAUUUCAUCGACAAUGACCAAGAGAAUAACGGAAUAAAGGAGGAGGACCAGGACCCGGAUUUUGUUGACCAGGGCCACUACAAGAUUGUAAUUAAGGAGGAGAACCAAGAUCCAGAUUUCAUCGAUGAGGACCACUACAAGACUGCGGUGAAAGAGGAACACCAGGACCCAGAUUUCAACGACCCUGACCAGGAGAAGGUCGGCAUAAAGGAGGAGAACCAGGAUCCAGAUUUUAACGACCAGACCGGGACGACGGAGGAGAACCAGGAGCAUCGGAGCCUGGAGGCCGCUGGUCCCGCCGGUCUACAGAAACGGAGACGCACAAAGACUCGUCGGAGAGUUCACGCUAAAGAGAAGCAGCACAGCUGUGACCAGUGUGGGAAGACUUUCACAUCUUCAAGUCAUUUAAAUACCCACCACAAAUUCAUUCACUGUGGAGAGAAGCCGUACAGCUGUGACAGCUGUGGGAAAUCUUUCUCCGUGGCAUAUCGCUUAAGAAGACACCAACUAAUUCACACUGGAGAGAAACCGCACAGCUGUGAGCAGUGUGGGAAGUCUUUUUUGAAAUUAGGCAAUUUAAAAGUCCAUCAGCGUGUUCACCUCGGAGAGAAGCCUUACUGGUGUGAUCAGUGUGGGAAUAGUUUUACAAAUUCAGGUAAUUUGAAAGCUCACCAGCGCAUUCACACUGGAGAGAAGCCGUACAGCUGUGAUCAGUGUGGGAAAGCUUUCAUGACUUCCUGUAGCUUAAAGCGUCACCAGCGCAUUCACACCGGGGAGAGACCGUACAGCUGCGACCAGUGUGGGAAAGCUUUUGUGUCGUCAAGUAAGUUACACAUCCACCAACGCCUCCACACGGGGGAGAAACCAUAUAGUUGUGAUUUAUGCGGUAAAGCGUUUGUGAGUUUAAGUAGAUUAAAACCUCACAGACGUAUUCACACUGGAGAGAAGCCGUACAGUUGUGACAUAUGCGGAAAAGCUUUUGUGACUUUAAGUCAAGUUAAACCCCAUCGACGUAUUCACACGGGAGAGAAACCGUACAGCUGUGACCAGUGUGGCAAAGCUUUUGGUUCCUCAAGUCAAUAUACAGUCCACCAACGCAUCCACACCGGAGAGAAGCCGUACAGCUGUGACCAGUGUGGCGCCGUUUUCUCACAGUCAGGGGAUCUAAAAAACCACCAGAGGAUUCACACCGGAGAGAAACCAUAUGUUUGUGAAAAGUGUGGGAAAGCGUUCGGUAGAUCGAGUAUCCUGAAAAUCCACCAACGUGUCCACGCCAGUUAGAAACACAAGCUAACUGUUUCUCCUGCCUUAUGUCUGUUGUGCUAGCCGUGUCCCGACUCACUGAGAUUAACAAUAAUCCUCAAAACUCAAUGUCGGAGAAAAUAAAUUGUGUUUCACUGAUACUGUAAAACUGUGAUAAGAGAGACCUAUGAAGAUAUUAGGGCGUUAAGUUUUGAGUGCAGGUUGUCUGUAGGAGAAAAAGUCAAACUGGUCCCUGCUGUUAUUGGAUAGUGAUGUAACUGAGUGUCUUGAGUUAACGUAAUUACUUUGUUUCCUGUUAGCAGGUGAAUAUGUUGUUCAUCAGGAUUCAACCUGUCUCUUCAUAUUUCCAGUAAUUAUAAGUGAUUGCACUUAAUAUUCACUAAAAUUUAGUCCAUUCUAUGUUGGAACAUAACAUUUUGAUUAAAUGUUCUAACGCUAACCACAGGAAAGUUCUGAUUGGUUUAUCAUAUAUAUAUAUAUGUGUGUAAAAUAUUUUUCAUUAAAUAAAUUAAAAAUUGAUAUCUGGGAUCAAUGUGUUUUAGCAGAAAUAUAAAAACCCAAAAUUCUCAGACAGGCCUUAUUACAUUUGUCUUGUUUAUAUUUUAAAGGCUCAUAUUAGGUUUUUUAAAUUUGUAAUGAAGCACAGCGUUAACAACAUUAUUUAUAACAUUCUUUCUCAUCCUUGGAAAAAUAUUUAUUUGUAUAAUUAAUAUUAUAAAUGUGUGACGAUUACUCGACUAAUGGCUUAAACUACCAGUCAUGUAGGACAGUCUUUGAUCGGGGGCCCUGCAGUAUACACUAUAGUUCUUAAGUGUACAAGUACACAUUUCUGAAAAUUUUAACGGGAGCAAAAUUUGAACAGGUGUUCUGGCCGAAAAGUGAAAUUUUUGGAAAAUUAGAAAGUACUUAUUGAUUGAAGAAAUUACCUUUUUGACUUUACUUGUGAGACAUUUGUGCUAAAAUAAGGAAUUACAUUUGUAAAUGAAAUAAAAAAACAUGAAUAAAACUGAACGUCAAAAAGGAAAACACUAAUAAAAAAUGCAUGUCUACAGUUAAUGCCUAACGCAAAAAAAAUAAGCUCAGUAUGAGUAAACAGUUUUGAAUUUUUCAGAUGGAGCGUUUUAUCUAUAUCAGUUAUUGAUAUAAGCUCAAAUUGUCUUAGCUACCUCACAUUACCUGUCAAAAAUCAGUUGGUGUCUUCUGGCAGAGGUGUAACCUUCAGCCAGUAACUACUAAACGAAGCUGGCAACAGUGUGCUACGAAUCAGAGCCCGACUGAUCUGGGAUAUUUAAGGGAAAUGUUGAUUUUGAUAUCUGCAGAUGAGGCAUGGGGAGUGUCUGAAUCAGCUGUCACAGUGUGCACCUUCAUUUCAGUCUGAUAAUCCCUCUAAUAUUACCAGUUCUAUCCAGCUGUUUCAAAUGUGAUGGUCAGAAUUUAAAGACAAACCACUGACUUACAAAGCACUGACAGUAACUGAAUUGAGUUUCAGAUCUUACGCCAUCAAUAAUGUUACAUGCUAACGGCUCAUUAGCUGUUUCAUGCUGACGAGCCAUGGUAAUAUCUAGCUUUGUGGCUAAUUAGUUCAGCAACAGACUCCAAGUCUCUUCAACUGAGCUUUGAUACGUUUGGUGAAUUUAGACGGAUUAGCAUGUUGCUAACUGCUACUACAAAUGUAACAUGUAAUACAAUGGAGAACUCUGUACCUGUUGUAGUAAAACCAAAGGAAGAAACACAUUCCUGUUUGUCAACACUGUUAACUGCAUUGGAAGUGAAUGAAGUUCUCUUCCUAAUACGCAACAUGUUUUUAGUAGAAGUCAUUGUGCUGUAUGUUUGAAUUGGUCUGAUUGUGUAAAGUUUCCUUCAUAGUGAUACUGUUGAUAUGCUCAGUGUGAGUAAUGAUCCAGGCUUCUGUCUGAGAGACUGGACUCAGCUGUACUUUAGUCUUUAAUCGUUUUAUUUGUGAGACAAUGGACUUUUCUGACUUUUAUUUCAGUGAUUUACCCAAUAAAUCGGUCAAAAUGAA